CUCCUUUCCCUCAAUCAAACACACUCAUUCCUUCUCCAUCGUCGUCUGAUUCAAAGGUCAGUUCCAAUGGCUGAUAACACCGACCGGAGAGCGAUAUGGGGAGUUCCGGAGAAGCUUCAGCUUCACAUAGCGAUGCUCACGUUGCAGUUCGGUUACGCUGGAUUCCAUGUGGUCUCGAGAGCUGCUCUUAACAUGGGAAUCAGCAAACUCGUCUUCCCUGUUUAUCGUAACAUCAUUGCCUUGCUUCUUCUCCUUCCCUUCGCUUACUUCCUCGAAAAGAAGGAGAGACCAGCGAUUACACUCAAUUUUCUCAUUCAGUUCUUCUUUCUAGCACUCAUCGGAAUAACAGCGAACCAAGGGUUUUACUUGUUGGGACUGGACUACACUUCACCAACAUUUGCUUCUUCCAUGCAAAAUUCUGUUCCCGCCAUUACCUUUCUCAUGGCUGCUCUUCUCAGGAUUGAGAAAGUUAGAAUAAACCGAAGAGACGGUAUCUCCAAGGUCUUAGGAACAGCUCUUUGCGUCGCCGGAGCUUCCGUCAUCACUCUCUACAAGGGUCCAACCAUCUACACUCCGACUAGCCACCUCCACGCUCACCUCCUCACCACCAACUCCGCUAUCUUAGCGCCGCUUGGAGACGCCGCGCCAAAAAAUUGGACUCUUGGCUGCCUCUACCUAAUAGGUCACUGUCUCUCGUGGUCCGGCUGGCUCGUGUUUCAAGCUCCGGUUCUUAAAUCUUAUCCGGCGAGGCUCUCGGUUACGUCUUACACCCUUUUGUUCGGAAUCAUCCAGUUCGUGAUCAUAGCUGCUUUCUGUGAAAGAGAUUCUCAGGCUUGGGCUUUUCACUCCGGUUGGGAGCUUUUCACCAUCCUCUACGCAGGAAUAGUGGCGUCUGGAAUCGCGUUUGCGGUUCAGAUUUGGUGUAUUGACAGAGGGGGUCCAGUUUUCGUUGCGGUUUACCAACCUGUUCAGACUUUGGUUGUUGCGAUUAUGGCUUCGAUUGCGUUAGGCGAAGAGUUUUACUUGGGCGGGAUUAUUGGAGCUGUGCUGAUCAUAGCGGGACUCUACUUUGUGUUGUAUGGUAAGAGCGAAGAGAGGAAGUUUGCAGCUCUUGAGAAGGCAAUGAUCCAGUCCUCAGCGGAGCAUGUUAUCGAGCGUGCACCCGUUUCUCGCGGCUCCGUCAAGUCGUCCAUCACAGCUCCACUGCUCCAUCAAUCAACGGACAACGUUUGACUUGUCGAGUGUCUCUCUAUCUAAUAAUUACAACGCCAUUACCCAAUGGUGUGCCGUUGUGUUUUAUGGCUUUUGUGUCUGCUUUUUUUUUUUUAGUUUUUUUUCUUAAUAUUAAUUACCUAAGAAAGGGUUUUGAGGAGGGAAAAGAAGUAGAUGAGACAUCAUUGUUCAUGAGGAUGGUGGUGAAGAUGACAAUGAUCCUGAUGGUGAUGAUGAAGACUAUGUGGAAGCUUGGCUUUUGGACCUUUCAAUAUAUUAUAUUAUGCUGUUAUAUUAGUGCCACUUUGUUACAUUUCUUGUGGUUUUUAUUUCGCUUUUCUAUCAUCAAAAGAAUGUUAUAAUUUGCA